AUGACAGACCACGGCAGCGUAAUUUCUGGGGCUGCACUAGUGGAGGAAGCGGUUGUUGAUUGCUUCAAAUUCCAUGAUGCUGAUAAGUCUGGGUCUAAUUCAGAACGCUCUUCUUUGCCCACCAGAAAUCGUCAAGGCUCUCUUCAAAGAAUGAUUGAAAAGACCAGAUCCCGUAUCUCAACCCUUAGAUCCAUACCCUUUACUCCAUAA